GUGAUGCUGAUGUAUUGAAACUGAAAGUAGGCCAGACCAACGUGUGAUUGUGCAAGACUCAUAUAAUACUUAAAUAGCUGGUAGAAGCUGGAAGUAACCGGUAUAGGUUUUGUGUAACCAAGAUUCGAUGAUUGAAUUUCACAAUUUUACGAAAUACUAUUGUUGAAAUAUCUAAUGUAUUGAACUGCAACUGCCAGUGUGGGAUCCAGACCAUUUUUGUAAACACUUCACUUGUCCGACUUGAAAGUUUUGCAGACGAGAUGUCUUUGAAAGUACAUGAAUUGUUCGGGGGCGCCCUUAGUUUCCAACUUCCAGAAAAUGCUAAAGAUAUCAGUGACAUUCGACAAAUUCCUGACAAUCAAGAAGUGUUUGCACACCCUAUUACGGACCAAAGUAUCAUCAUAGAAAUACUGGAAUAUGUAGGAAGUGACGACGAAGAGGCCAUAAAGACUCAUUUUAAUGACUUGGCCUCAGACAAUGACGUCCAGAGUGGAGAUGCUGCCAUUGUUCAAAUUGAGAAAAUCUCUGACACAGACUUAAAAAUGACACAAUGUGACAGUGCAUACUACAUUUUGGGACAACAGAACAUUUCCAAGUUCAAUGAAGCAGCCAAAAAUACUGUAAACAUGCACAUAGGGCUAUUCCGGAUCUCCAGCUUCACCUCCGAUAUUCUGGUAACCUUCAACAACCCAUCCUUCAUUGAUCCACAGAGCAGCAGCCACCAUCCUGUUCCUGUCAGUGCCGACCCCUGGACCCUUGAAGACUUCCGACAAAUUCUGACAUCUCUCUGUAUCGUAGACGAGGGAAUAUUUGGACAGUGACUGACCACAGAUUGUGAAUUACCAGGAUAUUUGGACAGUAACUGACCACAUAUUGUGAAUUACCAGGAUAUUUGGACAGUAACUGACCACAAAUUGUGAAUUACCAGCACUAGGUUGUUGCCUGUAGGGUUAACAGAAAUUUGAAUUUGAUGGAAUAUGUUACCAAUGUACUGCUCUUCUUCCAUGCUGUUUUAAGGGGAGGAAUUCACAUUCAGUGGUAAUCACCAAGUUCAUGGAAUAUAAUGACUAUCAAAUACAUUUUGAUAGUUCAUCACAUUUUGGAAUAAGGGGGCAUCUUGAGGGUGAUGAGAGCCACAACAUUUUUAUUGUGACUGUGCUCUCCUUGUAAUGCAUAUUUUAUGAGCAAGUAUUUGACAGAUGAAACGAAAACUCAUUUCAGAAUGUUUUCAAAAUUAGUUGAACUUGUAUUUCUGACUCUUGCAAACAAAUUGAGGAGGUACGUCUUUGUGCAGAUCACUUUGUCCGUCUCACUUUGGUAGAUAUAUUUAUCUAGGCCAUAAUGUAGAGGGUCAUUAGAACUCAUACUUGGCACAAAGGUUGUUUUAUAUGACUAGAUUGUGUAUCAUGACACUGAACCUAAGUCAAGAUCACGGGUAAAUAUCCAGGCCACAACCUUACAGUGGACAUUAUUACACGGAUACAUGCAUGGCCAGAAGGAUGUGUAAUGACCACUCAGAGUUCCAUGAACUGAACCAAGAUGGAGAUAACUGGGAAAAAAGUUCGAAAUUUUUAUCCAAGCCACAAGUUUGGUGAGACACUAGAAGUUCAUACUUGGAACAAAGAUUGCCUAUAACCAAGCAAUGUGUUGUGACCCUGAACCAAGGUCAAGGGUUGAAAACAGCUGGAUAUUUUUAUCUGGAUGACAAUUUGGGAUGUUAAAGCCUAAUAAUUGGUGCACAGGCUGUUUAUGACCAGAUGUCACACUGCAGUAUGACUUUGAUCUAAGGUCUUUUAGACAAAGUCACAGAGAGAAAAAAAGUCACCCUGUGUGAAUAAUCCUUCUUGGGGAUAUUUCUCCAGUUAGGAUAGAUUUUAUUGCUCAAGAUUAAAGUUGCUUGAUACCUGAAGGUGAAAGAGCUAGUUUUACUAACAGAAUAAUUUAGCCUUAAUUCCGACUGCAACAAACUACAUAUGUGUACAAAUGUGUGUACAUAAAAAACAGAAACGUUUGUAUUAAUGUUUUGUUAAGUACAUAGGAUAUACAAAACCACUUCUGAUUUUGUAAGGAAUUGCGAAUUUACCAUGUACAACUCAUGCAUGAAAUAUAUGCAUUUCCCGCCAUUUUUCUUUCAAAUGGAAGCGGAUUGCCAUCAUUCUAAUCUGUUUGACUUUAGAAAGUUUGAGUCAAACAUGAAAUAUGAUGAUUAUUAUAUAUCUGUACGUUACGAUGUACGACUUCAUCACUUUGUUUGAUGCAUGCAGCCUGUAAUUUCUAUUAAUAAAAUUGCUGGAAAAGUU